CAAAUUCCAAUUGAAUUUAAUCUCCAAUUUGUCUACAGAAUUAACUUACACUAACGGUACUUUCUAAAAUUCUUCCUAAUUUAAACCCAACCAGUCUCCUCCAUAGCUUCAUCCUGAAAGCAGCAGCUAGGUAAAAAAAAAAGUAAAAGAAAACAAAGAUGGGCAAGAAAACGAAAUUCAGAUAUUGGCCAUGGUACAGAUGUGGCAAUAUCUAUCCCAAAACACUUUGUUUCCGAGCAGAAAAUCUGGAUAUUGAUGAUCAUACAUCAGUACUAUCAUUAUCAUCAUCUUCUUCAGACCCAUAUGAUGAUGGUGAUUACGUUGAGGAUGUGAUUCGUGGGCUGAGGUCCGAAAGGCUCUUGUUCGGGCCGGGUGGGGAAAAAUCAUCCAAACUCAUGGAAGAAGAAGAUUUGGAGGCCGUCAUGGAGGGUGAGAAGGGGUUUGUUUUGAAGGGAAGUGUGGGAGUGGAAACAAUGGUUUCUAGUAACCCCUUUGUGGACUUCAGAAGAUCAAUGGAGGAAAUGGUCGAAGCACACGGACUUCAAGAUUGGCGUUUUCUUCAAGAGCUCUUGGGUAGCUACUUGAAAAUCAAUGGGAGAAGCAGCCAUGAGUACAUAAUUGGAGCUUUUCUUGACUUGUUGGUUCACCUAUUGGGAAAUGAAGCAACACAUGAUGAUUAUGAUGUUAAUGAUGAUGAUGCCAUUGUUGCUUCUUCCUCAUCAUUUACAUCUUCAAGGAGUUCAAGUGCUUGUGGCCAUUGGUUGUUAUCUUCAUUUUCAUCAUCUUCUUCUCCUUCUUCAUCUAUUGUCCCAUCUUCCCCUUCCCCUUC